ACAUUGUGAAACUGGCCGCGGAAAACCGAGGAGAAGAAGAAGGAACGAGAAGCGAACGAGCAGUCGUAUCGCACUCUCUCCGCGACGGAGGUGACGGCGAUUUUCUCGGCGUCGCUGCUAUGGCUGCCCUCCCCACACUUGCACAGAUCGCCGGAAACCACACCACGGUAUACGAGGCUUUCUAUCAGCAGGUGGAUCCGGCAGGCAUCAACCACGUUGGGGCACUUGAGGCCGCGACAUUCCUAAAGCGCUCUGGGCUAGCAGAUGCCAUUCUGAGCAAGAUUUGGGACCUUUCCGAUGCUGGCGGGAAAGGGUUCCUUGACAAGCGAGGCUUCUUUGUCGCGCUCAAGCUGGUCGCCCUCGUGCAGAAUGGCAAACAGCCUUUACUGGCAAAUCUGACGUUGCCUGCGCCACCACCAAAUAUGGCUGAACAAGUUCGAAGCACAAAUAUAGAUUGGUCGGUGAAGCCCUUGGAGCAAACCAAGUAUGUCGAGAUGUUCAACUCCUUGGGACCUGUAGCUGGAAAGCUCCCUGGAACCAAAGUUAAACCGGUGAUGCUUAACUCGAAGCUUCCUGUGGAUGUGCUGGGAAAGAUCUGGGACCUCAGCGAUGUUGACCAAGAUGGUGCCUUGAGUGAAGAAGAAUUCAUUGUGGCAAUGCACCUAGUUUACAAAGCCCUGGACAACUGCCCCAUCCCGAAUAUUUUGCCGCCAGUGCUGAUGCCACGGUCCAAACAGAGUCCGCUGCCAAUGACCAUUCCGUCGGACUUCUCUCCGGUUGGCAUGUCUGGAGUACGUCGAAGGCCAAGCACGCCAUCUUCCGUUGGGGCACCCGACAUUGCCUUGCACAAUACCCUCCACAAGCCGCCGCUUCCGUGGGUUGUCAGCGCUGCAGAAAUGGCCAAGUUCAGCCAGCUUUUCACGAGCCUAGACACGGACAUGGACGGGCUUGUUACUGGAGCCGACGUCAAGGGGACCUUUCUCAAGACUGGUCUUCCUCAGGUUGACCUAGCUCAGAUCUGGAAUUUGUGUGACACGAAGCAAAAUGGUAGCCUGAACGCCGAACAAUUUGCCCUUGCCAUGCACUUGGCAGCAGAGAGAACAAAAGGUGCUCCACUACCGACCACUCUGACACCUGAAAUGGUACCACCUUCACUUAGGCCAAAGCUCCAGACAUCGGCAGUUGGUUCGCUGGACGGAGGUGGUGCCCUGGUAGGCCUGGAAGGGCUGACAAGUUCGACCCCGCCACCUUUAAGUGCUCCUACUUCAGGAAACAAGGAGCUUGACAUGAUCGUUGAUGAGAUGAAGACAUUGCAGAUAGACAAGUCUACACUAGAGCAGGAAAUCAUUCAGGCAGAGACGGACCAGAAGACAAAGAACGUGGAACUGAGGAACCUCGAGAGUGAGAUCGAGACAGUGUCGGCCAUGCUCAAGCAGUUGGACACGCAGAAAAAUGAAGCUCAGAAGCGGCUCGCUGAACUUGGCGCUCAGAGGGCAGCAUUAGAUAGCGACCUAACAGAACUUAGAGAGGAGGUUGAAGAAGAGAAAGCGAAGGUGACAGCACUCAAGAAGCAGGUUGAAGAGCAGACAAAGCUUCUAGAAGAGCAAGAGCACGAAAUGGAGCAGAAGCGGGCGGAGCUCAAGGGUCUCUGCCAAGAAGAAUCCUCCCUGCAAGCCGAGAUCGACAGCCAGAAGGCGCAGCUUCAGGCACUUAGCCAAGCGCAGCAGGAGACGCAGCUGCAAAUCAGUCAGGUGAAGGCAAGACACGUGGCUCUGGAGGAGCAGCAUGUGCAGCUCAAGACGUGGGUAUCGCAAGUCGAGCGUGCGCUUCAAGCCGGCGACCCAGGCCUGGUACCGGAGUCCCUGCUGCGGGAGGACCAGCUGUCCACGGGGCUGGCUGAGCCGGAGUACCAGCAGCUCUCCAACACGGAAUGCAGCAGUCCUACUAGCUUUGUCAGUGCAGCAGACGAAGAGAGCAAGGAUGAUCCUUUCAAGAGCAAAGACUCUUUCAACGAUAUGAAUGGCUUCUUGGGAGAUCCAUUUGGUGGGGAAGACCCUUUCAAGGGAGCCGAUCCGUUCAAAGGUAGUGGCACGGAAGACCCAUUUGCUGGUGAUCCUUUCAAGAGCACAUUUGGUGCUGAAACAAAGGAUGAUGAUUACUUUGCUGCCAGCUUUCAAGAUGUCCCCGACGUUGUUCCUAUUGCUGACACGAAAGAUCCCUUUGACCCCUUUGGAACAGGAAAAGGAGCCUUUGGAGCUACAAAUCUUGGGCCUGCCGAAGCCGCAACCGCCGUUGACCCCUUUGGGACAGACCCGUUUGCGCCCGUGCCGGCUGCCGCACGUGCCGAGAGCCCGACGCCCGCCUUGCCGCCGAAGAAGGGCAAACAGCCACCGCCACGGCCGGCACCUCCCAAGCACCUCGCUAGUUCACGUGGAGGAGGUGCAUCCGCGAGUGGUCCCACACGUGCGGCUCCCGCCCCGCCCUUGCCAGAUGAAGACCCUUUUGCUAGCACGGCGGGGGGAUCCGCAACAGAGUCCUUCGCGAACUUUGCAGACUUCGGGAACUGCUGAGGGAUGGCAGCAUAUGGCAGACAAUACCAUGUCUCUUUUUGUUUGGCCUUCAUUUUGUCUUCAUUUUUCGUCCUCAACCAUCUAUCUGCUGUCGUGCUCCUUAUGCAUUGCUGUUCUUUCAGACGGCUGCUCUGGGGCGAUGGGAGUCUUUAUUUUCAGAAGGUAUUGCCCACAGUACUGUGUUCAGGUGGCAGGUAAAAAAAACAGAAGUAAAGGUGGGGCUGAUUCGCAUCUUAACUUCUGCACACACCCUAUACGAAUUCUCCGCUCACGUAUUGUGAAAGUGUCUUACAAGAAAUGCUGGUGGAUGCAUCCAUUCUUUCUAUUGACUGCAAUUUUCAAGGCACAUAUUCGUGUAAUUAGCCACAUUUAUUUCAUGGCUGUAGCAGUGGUAAAUAUCUUCUGUCGACAGUUUGGCAGACAGUCCAAAGAAGUGUUAGUGACGUCGACCUAAAAGAGUUGGUGGAUGGUAGAUACCUUGUGUCACUUGCAUCUAAUAAUUUAUUUUCUAUGUCAGCUUGAAUACAUGCUCAGCUUCAGACACGGUCGCCAAGGUGAACUGAUUCAGUUUGCUUUUGCUUUAUAACAAAUGUCGUCAGGAUAAAAGACUGGGUUACAUAAUGGAAAAACUUCAAGACUAGGUUUAGUUAGCUGUUGCUUGAAGAGCCAGUUCACCUAAUUUUUAGCAUUAUUACCAAUGUGUGCAGCUUGUGACAAGCAGUUUCGCACUUCUUCUUAGCUUAUACGUCCACUAUGUCUCUGUGGUUUUCUUUGAGCUUGGUGGAGCGAAGAGAUGAAACAUGUGGGCAGACUUGUGAACAGUGGCUGCUAGACUCAGGUUUUCUCGUUGGCAUACCAAAUUAAGAUACUACUUUUUUCAGCAUAUGGCCAUUUUUCACUAGCUUCGAAAGCAUGCACAAAGGUUGUAUUUGAUGUUCAAUGGCAGAAAAGGACUACUACUGAACCUGCCACCCAUAUGCAUAGUGCAAUUAUGCACCACCACUGUGAGAUGUUAGGUGUGUAUGACAAGAUUGCCUUUUCAGUCGUGUGCUGCAAAGUGUAAAUUGUUUAACUUCAUCGCAUGCGUUGAAUCUCCGCAGCAACAUUUGAACAAAUGCUUAUUUGCAGGUAUUGUGUUACCACUGCUGUAGUGUUUUAUUUAAAUGCAUUUUAUUUAUGCAAAUUGGACAUUGUUCGGGUGACUGAGUAAUACUGUGCAGUCAAUGUCCAUUCUCAUGUUCUCGUGUGCCAUAUGUACAUUUCUUUUUUUCUGCCUAUAUAUGUGUUGUAUCCUGAAGGAACUCUAGACUUGUACGGUAGUUGCACAAACGUAGUAACAGGUCUUUUUUUGGGGAUGGAAGAAUGAACCUCUUUUUGUACAGCAUGUUGACAGCAGUAUUGUUGCUAGCCUAUUGGUUUGAGCUUCUUGACAGGAGUGUAUUGUUAUGCUCGCAAAAAGGAACAGUAGUGCUUGAAGUAGUACUGGACACCGCUGCUGUCAAGCAAGAAUUGCUUGCUCAGUGACCUGAACAAUGACCACUGUUUGCAUCGAUUUCAAGAGCAGAUCUGUUACUUUCCUGAUUGAAAAACAUUUGUGCAUGUAGUGACAGUGCAAAAAACGUGUGUAAAGCUGCUGCUUGAUGCGCUUGCCAGUAGGAACUGUACCAUAAUCACGCCGUUUAAUCUCGCGGCAACGAUAUCGAUUGUCCCAGGACUCUGGGAACAACAGUAGGACAGCCCUGCAGUGAAAGGGUCAGCCAUGUAUAUUAUUCAUUCCUUUCUCGGGUGCGGUAUGUUGUAAGAGUUUGGCUAGUCUGUACAAUUUUCUGAAAGUCUUAGUUGAAGUGCGUAACGGUCAGUCGGGUGUACAUAAAAGCACAUUGUUCGGAGCUCACUUUGUUAUUUUAAUUAUGUCGUUACUUUGCGCGUGGCGAUUUCGGAACGUGCUCCAAUCUGUUUCAUGCUCUUGUGUACAUACUGCACAACUUUCAGCUGUUUACACAUCAAGACGUCUUCCCAGGUAACAAGUGCGAAUCGUGUUUUUUGCCUAGUCUACUUAGCUUUAGCUUGUUUUUCUGGGAACCUGAGCACCACAGGCCUUCUAUUAUUGCUUGAAUGCAGUUGGCCAUCUCUCGUCUGCAAGCGAUACAUGUCAAGAAUGCAACUGUGCACUUGCACCCAGAGUGCAUCUUGGGUUUCCACGUGUUGCACGUGACACUGCUUCACAGCUGCAUAUGUGAUUGAGCGCACGGGCAGUUACUGCCUUCACGAUACUUGCAAGACUGCCCGUGAACAGUAGUGCGUAGUAAUGAAAAAUAUAUGCAUGUGUCUGUGAACCUUGUAGAAGCGAGUGGAAAUCUGUGUCUCGAAAGGCAAGUCGUGGCGUAGGUCUGUGAGCACGUACAUGUUUGAACUGUGGUAAACAAUAAGAAAAGGUAGCGAGAGUACUUGUGUCCCUUCAGAGCAGAGUUGUGGGCGCGUUUUUCCUCGAAACAUCUAGCACUUGUCUUGAAUGUCAAGGCCUUAAAACUCUUUCUAGCAUGAGAUAUUUGCACACCAUGAUGCGCGAGUAUGUUACUGUGUGUUGAGAUUGGCCUGGUGCUAUGUUACAUCUCGUCUUUAUCCCAGUGCCAUUCAAGCACUGGGACAGUUGUGUUUUGUGUUGAAGUUUAUUAUUUUAACAUUCCCUUGCAUUUUAUGUAGAUAUGUAUGCCUUUUAAAUAAAAGCCAUAUGCAUGUUUGUGCAGAGC